AUGAAUUUAUCGGCACUGGAAACAAAGGAAGCUUUCUUUUGGUCCAAACAAAAACUCAAUCAACCAAGCCUAUAUUCAGGCAGAAACUUUAAGAGUCAACUGAACACAUAUCUCUGUUCCAUCUUUCCAAAUCGUACGCCUGACAUUCAAAAAUCAAAAAAGAAAGAAUACAAAUCUGGUGCUGGAUUUUCUUGUGAUAACAGCUAUCAAAUAUCUGAUAGUUCGCUCAAGAAGCACCUGGAUGCGUCCCCUGAAAUGGAAAAGGCCGUAGAGUGUCUGAAACGCACUUUCUUUUCAAAUAACAGCGCUCAAAACAAGAGCAGCAAUGCUAAAAGUCAUUUGCUUUUGCCUAACGACAAGGAUAACACAAGACGUGACACUUUGAUUGACAACUUCUUUGCUGAAAGAACGAAAAAAUCGGAGCAAUUAACAUUUGAUGAAUCUGAUAAUGGUGACAGCGAGUCUGUCAAAACCGCACUUUCUGAAUCUGUGUUUUCUCUUCUCUUCUUUACAUGUUCCCCUAUCUUUUAUCUAUACUCUUGUUUUUUUGGAGGUUUUUUUUUGUCUCGUACUUCUCAUUUUCUUCUAUAA